AUGGGUAGUAAAAAAAAGAAAAAAAAAGUUUGUUACAAAUUUGUAAAAAAAAAACAUGGAGAUAAUAAUUAUUCUUCUCUUAUCAAUGAAUACAUUGAAAAAGAAAACAAAAUAAAAAUAGAUUUAGAAAAAAAAUCACUCCCAUCACGUAUGUGGGAGAAAUAUGGUCCACUUAGAAAUGCUUUCUGCAAUGUUGAUUAUUCAAGUGUCGUUUCACAUACUGUUCAAAGAGCUAGCAGUGAACAUUUAAGAAAAAUUUUUAACAAAUAUUCCACUAUUGAAAAAGAUGGUCAAAAGUAUAUGACUCAUGAUGAUUUUGUAAAAAAAUAUCUUAAUUUAUAUAUGAGUAAUGAUUAUAAUAAAGAAACUGUUCGCCUCCUAACUUCAGCUAUUAAUGCCUCAAAAAGUAAACUUAUUUCUUUUGAAGAAUUUUGUGCUUUUGAGGCAGCUCUUUGUAAACAUGAUAUUUUGUAUUUGACGGCUUUCCAGUUGUUUGAUAAUAAUUCUAAUGAAUGUAUUAGCUUUAGUGAUUUUGAAAGAAUUAUUAGGCAUACGGCACCUUUAAUGAAAUUUGAAUUUGAUUUUGAUUCUGAUUUUAUUAAAAGGUAUUUUGGUGAAGAUAAAAAAGGAACUCUUGAUUAUUAUGCUUUUUGUCAGUUACUUCAUGAUUUUUAUGAAGAACAAGGAAAACAGGCAUUUAAUGUUUAUGAUAAGACAAAAGAAGGUGCAAUUUCUGCUGAAGAUUUCAGUAAAAUAAUGACAACAAUAAAGGGAUAUCUUUUGACAGAAUUUGUUAAAAAUAAUCUUAUGGCUAUUGCUAGUGGUAACAAUAGUUCACAUAAAGUAAGAUAUUCAUUUUAUGCUGCAUUCAAUUCAUUACUAUCAAAAAUGGAAUUAAUUAAAAUUAUUUAUCUUUCUCUUGCUAGGGGUAAUUUAAAUCUUGAGGUAAGUAAAGAGGAAUUUCUCCGAGCAGCUCAGUCAUUUUCUCAUGUAACUCCCUAUGAAGUAGAAAUUCUUUUUAAACUUGCUGAGGUAGCUCAUCCUGAAUCAAGAAGUUUAUGUUUCAGUGAUAUAGAAAAAAUUGAUCCUGAAAGAUUGAAAAGAGUUACAUAUACAUCAAGAUUAGCAACAGACUCUCCUGUCAAUGAAAAGAAGGAAAGAAGUACAUCUACCGCAGUUCUGGAAUCACUUUAUCGUUUUGUUAUUGGUUCUGUUGCUGGUGCAUGUGGUGCUACAGCUGUCUAUCCAAUAGAUUUAGUUAAAACACGAAUGCAAAAUCAAAGAACAUCAUCUAUUAUUGGUGAAGUUGCAUAUAAAAAUAGUCUUGAUUGUUUCAAAAAAGUUGUUAAAUUUGAAGGUGUUCUUGGAUUAUAUAGAGGACUUUUACCACAACUUGUUGGUGUAGCACCAGAAAAAGCCAUAAAAUUGACGGUAAAUGAUUUUGUUAGGGAUAAAUUUACUGAUAAUGAAAAAAUACCUUUAUAUGGUGAAAUUAUUGCAGGUGGUUGUGGUGGAGGUUGUCAGGUAAUAUUUACAAACCCUUUAGAAAUAGUUAAAAUUAGAUUACAAGUUGCUGGAGAAUUACAAAGUGCUGGUAGACAUAUAAAUGUUUUUACAGUAUUAAAAGAUUUAGGAUUUUUUGGUCUUUAUAAAGGAGCACGGGCAUGUUUUCUUCGUGAUAUACCAUUUUCUGCUAUCUAUUUUCCAGCUUAUGCGCAUGCAAAACUUGCUACAGCCGAUAAAGAUGGUCAUAAUAGUUUACCUUCACUUUUUGGAUCAGCUUUUAUUUCUGGUGUUCCUGCUGCUGCUUUAGUUACACCAGCUGAUGUUAUCAAAACAAGAUUACAAGUUGCUACAAAAGCAGGUCAAACAACAUAUAAUGGUAUUUAUGAUUGUGCUAAGAAAAUUAUGGCUGAGGAGGGACCAACAGCCUUCUGGAAGGGUACUGCAGCACGUGUUUUUAGAUCCUCACCACAAUUUGGUUUUACUCUAUUAACAUAUGAACUUCUCCAAAGAGUAUUCCAUGUUGAUUUUCACUAA